AUGAUAUCCCUUAACAAUAAAGGGGUCGUCGUCCGUUCUGACGUAUGCACGGCUAUUUGUGUACCGAAUGCAGACAUUGGCAUUGUGGAAGGUCGAGCUAUGGGGUGGUUAUGGGGAUUGGCACGCGAUCCUUCAAUUUUGGAGGCCGACAGUCACCGUCCAAGGCGGGAAUCCGAUCAGCAUCGAGGUCAGAUCAUACACUACGAUAGAGAAAAUUUACUAUGA